GGCGGCGGGGCCCCCCCUGCCACAACGGGAACCUGGAAGACCUCCCAACCCAAGGGAAGGCAGGCGGAAAGAACGACAGCAGCAUCCUCCCCGACGGCGGACUGUGAGUGGGAGUGUUAGCGGAAGUGGUAGCAGUUAUACCGGUUCUAGCUCCAGAUCUAGAUCCUCCUCCAACUCCCUUUCAUGUUCACGCUCUCUGUCCAGAAAAUCCAGAAAAUCCAGAUCGCUAAGUGUGAGCAGCGUGUCAUCGGUGUCAUCGGCGUCAUCCAGCAGCAGCUCGGUGCGUAGUGCGGACUCAGAUGACAUGUAUGCUGACCUGGCCAGUCCGGUGUCCUCUGCCAGCUCCCGCUCGCCCACACCAAAUCACCCCCGCAAGCACCGAGGGGUUGCACAGGACCGGCCUCCACAUGGAAGGGACAAGAACAGGGAGAGGCCAUCAAAGAAAGAGGAACCCUUCCGGGAAGAUCGAAGGAAGCUUGAGCCGUCUGGUCCCCCACCUAGAGCAGGCAAUCCAGUGCCCAGAACUGGACCUGUUAGCAGGGGUGGCCACCCUGUGCAUCCUCCUCCUGGCAACAUGGGGCCCCCUGGAAGCUACGGAGGUUCAGGGUCCCACAAAGACAUUAAACUCACCCUCCUCAACAAGCAGGGAGAUAAGGGCAGCAGGAAGCGGUAUCUGCCCUCAGACAAGGACAGACCAGGCUCCCCCCUCAGCAAGAGAAUGGCCAUGUCUCCAGACAGAGGCCGUGAUAGAAGAAUACCUGGUCGGCCCCCGCUCUCCCCUCGAAUGGAGCGUCCCAGAGGCCAAGGGCCCCGCCCUGUGCUACCCCAAGGAGACAGAAAACGUCCUUUGUCACCACCCCCCAAGUCAUCUGGGAAAGGCCCAGCAACACCAUCAGGCAAGCCAGCUGGCCCAGGCCCUGCUUCAGCCACUGGCUCGGGCUCCAGCUCAGGGUCGGGCUCCAACAAACCCAGCAACACACUGUCCCGUCGUGAGGAGCUGCUGAAGCAGCUGAAGGCUGUGGAAGACGCCAUCGCCCGGAAGCGAGCAAAGAUCCCUGCCAAAUAAUAUCAGCCCACUCCUCACUUCUUCACCUGUCUGUACAGCCCUGUGAGCCGGGCAACAGUGAGGUUCAUGGGAUGGAAUUUUUUUUUCCCCCUGCUGUCAGUGGACAUGUAAAAAUGUUGUGUGGUUCAUACCACCAGGAUGCUUGUUCACCUUCAGAGAGGUUAGGCUCUGCUCCAUUCUGGGGCGUCGUUCACUCCCAUAUGCCCGACUUUUUCUCCUCUUAAGAACCUUUGAAUAUCUCGGCUGCAAUUUAGGUCAGCAGUGACAAAGAGGAGGGAACAGUUGGGCAUUUGGUGAGAGAGGGACGCCUCAGGAAUGGAGGGUGCUAUGUGUAGACUUCACAGUACAGAAACAGAAGGGGAGUAAGGACUCAAUCACUUACUGUUCACUGUGUUCUUCCAGUGAAAAGGAACCUCUUUAUGUGAUGAAUAACAGAUUUAUACACAUCGAUUCUGCUACUUCUGUCUUUCUUUUCCCCCUUUUCUUAUCUUGUCCUCAUGUUUUUCCUUUUGUUUCCUCUGUGUGGAGUGGUGUGACUGCUGGGUCAGCUCUGCUGGCAACUUACAGCCUACAGGGCUUCACAGUACUUCUUUGUAUAAAUCUACAAAUUAUUGAGCAUCUGUAUUCAGCCCCUGUAGCGAUCACAGUCCCAUUCUUUGUUCACAGCGGACCCAUUGUUAACUAAUGACUCGUCUGCGUUUUGUGUUGUAAGACAGCGUUCACUUGUUCACCGUGUACAAUAAUAGUAAGUCAUCAGGUUCUUUCGAGUGAAUAAUUAUAGACAGCAGUGAUGUGAAGUAUUGCUUUUUAUAUCGGCAACAUUUUUUCUUCUUGACUCGAUUCUGCAAGUGAUAAACCAGUUUUAUUUGUGUCACAUUUUUAGUUGGGGAAUUAUGAGAGAUGGAACGGCAUUUAGAGACAAGAUGUCUUGCUUUUGCGACAAAAGCCUUCUAAAUAAACUAUUUUGAUAAAGAGAUUGUGUUUCUCUGCUGUUGUGCAAG